AUGCACUUUGAUAAAUCGCCAAAGGAGAAGCCGUGUUGCACUCUGCCCACAGUGAAGAAACUCUUGGAGCAGAAGAGAAGGCGUGAAACGUCCUCAGUGCCACCAUCCUGCUCCACAGCCUGCACCAGUCCUGUUCCUCCAACCACUGUUACACAGUUGUCUUCAUCAGAACCAUUUACUUGCACAGGUGCAUCGAGCAGCUACUCAGAAAUGGCAGUGAGCUAUGAGCAGUGGAACCCAGUACCAGAAUCUGCAAUCAGUUACUAUCCCAGCCAACCAGGACCCAGCUAUUCUGCAGCCUACAGUCUGCAAAUGCCUUCCGAAUAUGGCACACAGCAGCAGGCCCAGGGAUAUGGAGAUGCACUGUCUGCAUAUCCACAGUGCCCGAUGACAGUUCCGGAUCAAAGUAUGGCUACAACUUGGUCACUUCGGGUUCCCAGUCAGACCACACAGCUGAGUUUUGCUUCAUCACUGGAUACCAACAAGCUGGAAGAGGCCAGGAUGAUGCUCAGUGGGAUGGACUACAGCAGAGCCACCGGGCAGGAUGAAGAUGGAGACACCAUCCUGCACAUCUACACUGCCAAGGGGCUCAGGGAGUGUGCCUUUGCUGCUGCAGAGAAGCUGAGGGAUUUAGGGAGGCUUGAUGCCAAAGAACACAAGGGCAAGACUGCCUUACUGGUGGCCGUGACGGCAAACCAGCCAGACAUUGUGCAAGAUCUGCUGUCAUUUGGGACAGACAUCAAUGCUUGUGAUGUUAAAGGACAAACUGCCCUUCAUCUGGCUGCUCACUAUGGCUUCCCCACAGUUCUGCAGGUUAUUCUGUCCAGCAGACCUGCUGUCAACCUUGAGGCCCGCAAUUUUGAGGGUAUGACACCUCUGCACUGUGCAGCCAUUUCUCACAGUAUCACCAUGAAGGCUUUGUUUACCAGCGGGCUGCAAGAUGUUAGCCUUCAGACCAAGGCUGCAGAGAAACUCGCCUGUGUGCAGAUGCUUCUCAAUGCAGGGGCGUCUCUGCUCAGUCAGGAAAUCAAAAGUAACAAGACAUUGCUGCACUUGGCUGUGAAGGAGGGGAACAUUGAUCUGGUCCGUUAUCUGCUUAAGAUUCCCCUGCAGAACAUGAAAGACUUUGUCAACAUGAAAGCUCAUGGUCACACAGCUUUACACAUGGCAGCUGGUCUCCAUGGUAACCCCCACCAGGAGGAGAUCCUGCGGCUGCUGCUGAGCAGAGGAGCUGAUCCCAGCAUCCGCAACCUGGAGAAUGACCAGCCAGCACACCUCCUGCAGAGUGGCCCCCAGGGAGACCAGCUCAAGCUUAUGCUGAAGAAGCGAAACGCUUCGUCUCGUCGACGUAUUGUGCCCUUGCAGGACCAGGAAUAA